ACUAUGCAUCAGCUGCAGAGUCACUUACAACAACGUCUCACCCGAAAAACGCAGCACAAGGAGGUUCAGUGAUCUGCGUUGGGUCACAGAGUAUCUGAGCUGGGGUUUGAACCGGGGACCUGCUGGUUAAAAGCCCGUUUUUUAAACGCUGGACCACACAGCCUCCUACAACGCGCUUUCUCUUUCGUUUAUUUUCUCUCUCGUCCUAAUUACUGGAUUUUCGCUCCUGACGUAUUUUCCCGACCGUCGUUUCCGCUGCUGGGGGUGGGUGGAGAGAGCAGACAGAGGGGCAGAGGGGCGCCGCCUCUAUCCGAUUCACCGCAACACAGAGCGCUUCGAGGAGAGUGUGACCUGGCCUGAACAGAGCUGAGCCGAGCGGAGCCGAGUGGAGCUGAGCUGAGCUGACCUGGCCUGAGCUGAGCCGAGCCGAGCUGAGUGGAGCUGGACACGAUGUUCGCCGUGCCGUCACCAGCGGAGAUGGACAGGGGGACCGUGUCCUUCCUGUGUCUCAGUAACCAGCCCGACAGGAAGUGCAUGCAGCAGGACAACAACUUCAACUUCCUGGAUGGUGAGGAAGGGGAGCCCAGCCUGCUGCCUCGCUGCUCCCCAUGCCCCCCGGACAGUAACGAGAACCUGAACCAGACCAGGACCAGGCAGAGCCACCCUCUCCUCCUCCGAGCCUCCCUGCUGAGAGCCAGCCUGCCCACUGUGUCCGAGGCCAGGGAGGGGAGCGCCCACAUCCACCCAGAGGGAGCUGAGGAGGGGAGGAGCGAGAGAGUGGAGAGAGGAGAGGAGGAGGAGGAGGAGGAGGAGGAGGAGAGCAGCACCCAGCUCAGCUCCUGUAGCUCCUCCUCGUCUCUCAGCAUCGACAGCCCGGGAUGGGUGGGGCAGGAGGCUUGGCAGGGAGAUGGGAUGGGGCAGGAGGCAGGACAGGGAGAGGGGGCAGGGCAGGAGGCAGGGCAGGGAGAGGGGGCAGUGCAGGAGGCAGGGCAGGGAGAGGGGGCAGUGCAGGGGGCAGGGCAGGGAGAAGGGGCGGGGCGGGGUCGGGAGGUAGCUGGGAGCUGUAUCUGGGGCAGGGUGUUCGGUGGGGCUCACGAGGCACAGCUCUCUAGCCCUGUGAGUGUGGAUCCGGGGCAGGGCAGGGGCGACUCGGAGCUGGACUGGGACCCUGUGACGGAGCUGCCGGGUCUGCUGGGGGCGGUGCGCACCCUGCAGCAGCAGGAGAGCUUCAAGGCCCAGGAGAAGCAGCGGCACCAGGUCCAGCUCACCAUGUACCGGCGCCUGGCGCUGAUCCGCUGGCUGCGCAGCCUGCAGCAGAGCGUCUGCGAGCAGCAGGGCCGGCUGCAGGACAGCUAUGACAUCAUCCUUCAGAAUCGCAAGGAGCUGCUUGCUGCGGCAGGCAGGGGGCGCCGGUGAGCAGCACAGAGAGGGGGCAGGGGGGGUGCCUUGCUGAGCGACUCCUACAGCAGUCCUGUGAAUCGCGUGAACUGAGACAGCUCAGCGCUAACAUGUUUGUGUCUUUCCUUCGCCUGCCUCCACUAGAACCAGGACAGCCCAGCUUAUUGUAUCCUUCCAAAGAGCUGCACUCUGCAGAUACUGAGCACUUAGUGCUGUUAUAAACAAGAACACAUUAUCAAACCCUAAUGACAUAACCCCAGAAAACCUGCUAGACCCCAGAGCACCAGUGCGGUCUUACACCCUCCUCUGAGUGAGAGACAGUCAGAGAGGUGCAGCGCUGCGCUCGCUAGACCCUCCUCCGAGUGAGAGACAGUCAGAGAGGUGCAGCGCUGCGCUCGCUAGACCCUCCUCUGAGUGAGAGACAGUCAGAGAGGUGCAGCGCUGCGCUCGCUAGACCCUCCUCUGAGUGAGAGACAGUCAGAGAGGUUAGGACUGAAGGGAAGGACUGGAGCAGAGCCCGCUGUCAGGGCGGGACUGAUGACAUCACUGGAGUGUCCCGGGAGAAUUCUGCAUUCUUCAGUACAUCUAUCUGUAAUAUAUAUAUUAUAUAUAGAAUGGAAAGUCUAUGAAAGAAAGCUGUGUAAAAUAUUGUAAAAGUGUUUGAGGCAUGUAUGCAAGUUGUGUAGCGCAGUCCUGUGUGUUUCCUGAUCUGUGCCACUCAAUAAACUGGGCUU